UGCUGCACCGCCGCCGCUACCGUGGGGAAGCCGGCCGCUCCCGGGGCUCAGCGGCCCGUGUGAGUGUGAGCGCGCGCGCCCCGGAGCCUCGCACUGCUCCUGGACUGUGAGCCUCCUCGUCUUUCGCUGGGUAAAGGGGAGGAGUGCCCCGGGCCCAGAGCGUCUGAGCGUCCAGUCCUCGCUGGGGACUGUGUGUGUGCUUGCUCCUGCUCCGCCCCCCACCCCUCUGGCCCUUCGCUGGGGUUCUUGGCCCUUCUUCCCUCCUCCUGCCUCCCUCCCCGGCGCUGCGUGCCCAAACCCCAACCACCUGUGCACCGGAGAAACCCAACUCCUCCGGCUCCGCGCCCUGUGGGGAGGCAGGGGCAGGGCCACCGCCGCAGAGGGGGCCGCCGCCUCCUGCCUCCUUGUCGUCUCCUCCCCCUCCCCCGUCUGACGCUGCCUCCUCGGGAAGGGUGUUUGGAGGGCAGCGGCCGCCCCAAGCCGAAGCCCCGCAGCGCUUCUUAUGAUCAGCUCGGUGUGUGUCUCCUCCUACCGCGGGCGCAAGUCGGGGAACAAGCCUCCAUCCAAAACAUGUCUGAAGGAGGAGAUGGCCAAGGGCGAGGCGUCGGAGAAGAUCAUCAUCAACGUGGGCGGCACGCGACAUGAGACCUACCGCAGCACCCUGCGCACCCUACCGGGCACCCGCCUCGCCUGGCUGGCUGAUCCGGACGGCGGGGGCAGGCACGAGCCCGAUGGCGGCGGCGCGGGCAGCAGCGGCAGCAGCGGCGGUGGGGGCUGCGAGUUCUUCUUCGACCGGCACCCGGGCGUCUUUGCGUACGUGCUCAACUACUACCGAACCGGCAAGCUGCACUGCCCCGCUGACGUGUGCGGGCCGCUCUUCGAGGAGGAGCUCACCUUCUGGGGCAUCGACGAGACCGACGUGGAGCCCUGCUGCUGGAUGACGUACCGGCAGCACCGCGACGCCGAGGAGGCGCUGGACAUCUUCGAGAACCCCGACGGAGGCGGCGGUGGAGCGGGGCCCGGUGAUGAGGCCGGCGACGACGAGCGGGAGCUGGCCCUGCAGCGUCUGGGGCCCCACGAGGGAGGCGCGGGCCCUGGCGCUGGGUCCGGCGGCUGCCGUGGCUGGCAACCCCGCAUGUGGGCACUCUUCGAGGAUCCCUAUUCCUCCAGGGCGGCCAGGGUGGUGGCCUUUGCCUCUCUUUUCUUCAUCCUGGUCUCCAUCACCACCUUCUGCCUGGAGACCCAUGAGGCCUUCAACAUUGACCGCAACGUGACUGAGAUCCACCGUGUGGGGAACACCACCAGUGUGCACUUUCGGCGGGAGGUGGAGACAGAGCCUAUCCUGACAUACAUCGAGGGCGUGUGCGUGCUAUGGUUCACACUGGAGUUCCUGGUGCGCAUCGUGUGCUGCCCAGACACGCUGGACUUCGUCAAGAACCUGCUAAACAUCAUCGACUUCGUGGCCAUCUUGCCCUUUUACCUGGAGGUCGGGCUGAGUGGCCUGUCGUCCAAGGCGGCCCGUGACGUGCUGGGCUUCCUGCGGGUGGUGCGUUUCGUGCGUAUCCUGCGCAUCUUCAAGCUCACGCGCCACUUCGUGGGGCUGCGCGUGCUGGGCCACACCCUGCGUGCCAGCACCAACGAGUUCCUGCUGCUCAUCAUCUUCCUGGCCCUAGGCGUGCUCAUCUUCGCCACCAUGAUCUACUACGCCGAGCGCAUUGGCGCCCGGCCCUCCGACCCACGGGGCAAUGACCACACCGACUUCAAGAACAUCCCCAUCGGCUUCUGGUGGGCCGUGGUCACCAUGACGACGCUGGGCUACGGGGACAUGUGCCCCAAGACGUGGUCAGGCAUGCUGGUGGGGGCGCUGUGUGCACUGGCCGGGGUGCUCACCAUUGCCAUGCCGGUGCCGGUCAUUGUCAACAACUUCGGCAUGUACUACUCCCUAGCCAUGGCCAAGCAGAAGCUGCCCAAGAAACGAAAGAAGCAUGUACCACGACCGCCCCAGCUCGAGUCACCCAUUUACUGCAAGUCCGAGGAGACCUCGCCCCGGGACAGCACCUACAGUGACACCAGCCCUGCUGGCCAAGAAGAGGGUAUGGUCGAGAGGAAACGGGCAGAUUCCAAGCAGAAUGGAGAUGCCAAUGCAAUGCUGUCUGAUGAGGAGGCCGCUGGCCUCACCCAGCCCCUGGCCUCUGCCCCCACCUCAGAGGAGCGCCGGGCCUUGCGACGUUCCGGCACUCGAGACAGAAACAAGAGGGCCGCCGCCUGUUUCCUGCUCAGUGCUGGGGACUAUGCCUGUGCCGAUGGCAGUGUCCGGAAAGAGACCUGCCAAGACGCCCUGUCAUCCAACUAUGCCCAAGCUGAAGUCCUCACCCUGUCUUAAAGCGGCACCAACGUGACAGAGACAGGCAGACAGACAGAAAGCCAGAGGCUUAGGGGAACUCUGGAACCCAGGCAAGAAUCUUUUGCUGGGAAAGACUCAGAUAUCCCUGUUUGCACAGGACUGAUUGAAAACCUCCCACGUGGCCCUCGGCCGGAGCUGCCUGGGUCUGACGUUUUGUUCUGUUGUACAUUGAGGAGAUCUGUAUGCACAUGUGUCUAUAUCCAUACAUACUGUACUCUUGUGUGUAGUGCACGUGCUAUUGGUGGUCUGUCUUCGUUAGGCUGUCUCCCCAAGCCCUUACCCUUCCCCCGGCCCCCAUUCCCCUCCCUUUACUGAUUCCUUGUUUCUGUUGUACGUGCCGCGUGUGGAAUGUCCUAGGAAAAGUGUACCUGGGAACUGCCAGGCUAGCUGGGUGGUCCCAGGCUAGACUCCCCCUGUUGGGGGUGUUUCCCCUGUGGGCUGGUGGCCUGUCGAAGGCCAGAUUGCCCCCAGGGUCACUGCUCCACUAGCCCCUCCCCACUCCAGAUUGGGGUUCUACCUCCCACCCCACGCCCCAGUUGUGGGGGGACUUCCAGGGGUUUCUCUACAGCUUCUUCCAACCCCCCUUUUCCACCUUACCUCUGUCCUUGACUGGGGAGAAUUUUGUUUCUUAUUAAUUUUUGGUUUUUCUGUCUCCCUCGUCCAUUUGUUUUUAAAGAUGCUGCUGGGCAGAUGGGCAGGGAAGGGGUCUGUCUGCCCACUGGGCUCAGGGGUCUGAGAAGGGGAGGCAUCGGGCGAGUGGAGACCAGUUGCAAUACUGUACUUCCUGGCCGGUGGCCAGGGGACGCGUGCAAUAGCAGAGGCCAGGCGACCCCUUCAACCUUGGCCUCUGCCCUCCCUCGCCACUCCCACCCGCCCUGCCCCUCCCUGGUGUUGGUCAGUUCUUUUCUAAAGCUGUCCCCUCUUGUGUGUCUGAGGCAAGCCUAGGCCAGGGCGCUGUCACCCUGUCUGCAUGCCUUUGACUCAUGCUGUGCUUG